GUGCAUGUACUUUGUACACCCCCCCUUCCCCAACCUAACAGACUUGUAUUCUGAAGAAUGUAACAGUAACGUUAGCUAACAGUUAGCCACUCCACCAUGUCGCACAUAUCGCCGGUAACUACUUGCAGCUUUCUUGGUUGUUCCAAAGCCAGGACUGAUACUUUACACAGUCUUCCUAAAGACCCUGAAAUCAGAAGACAGUGGGUGCAGUUUCUUUUUACUUCGAAUCCAGAUGUGCAUAUCGGUACAACAACACGAAUUUGCAGCGCGCAUUUCAACAGGGACUCGUUUCUAAAUUGGGGGCCGAAGUCAAUGGGGUAUGCCAAACUAUUUGUUCUGAAACCGGACGCCAUCCCAACUAUUUUUCCGAUCCAUGAAGUAUCGGUGGAACACAUGACGUCGGGUGUGACAAAAGAUGAGGGAUGCCAAUAUGAACCACCCUCAGUAUGCAACAUUAUGGUACCAUCACCUCCAAGACCCGUUCUGGUACCGUUAAAACACAACGUGUCAACACAGGCUUAUUAUUACAGAGGAAAAAAUACAAACAAAGCCAUCCAAGUGCAGCCAAUCCAGAAGAAUGUAGGAGUCAAUACAAGGUUUACAGAGGACAUACCACACAGGGAUGUGAACCGAUUAAACUCUGUCACGGUGUACAUGGCGAGGAAGUAUGUGGUCUAUGAAGACUGCCUCCUUCCGUUGUUCAAGACUUGUCCAGUCUGUCGCGGCUCCUGCAGCAUCGACAAGUUCAUCCAAGACACCCUGCUCACCAUCAACCGGUUCUGCAACCACUGUGACCACCGGAGCCAAUGGAAAAGCCAGCCCUUUAACCUCCCAGCUGAAUACCUGUCUCCCUCAGCAGCCAAAGUAUCAACUGGCACAACUGAUGCUCCCACCGGCACUACUGGCAUGUCAACUGGUACCUCAACUGGCACAUCCACUGAUGCUCAGACUGGCACCUCAACAGGCACCUUCAAUAAUCCGACCUUGAAGACUGCGGAGGAAAGUGGUCUUCUGUUGGAGAGUAACGAUGGUGAUAUCUGCAACAAAGGUCUGGAGGACAUUCAAACCCUGGUGUUUGAGACGACUCUUUGUUUGGAUGACGAAGUUCACGACGACAAAGCCAUUAAGAAGAAACGUCAGUUAUUAGAGGAGAAACAAAAAGAGGUGGUGGAGGAAGAAAUGGAGGGGGAGGAAGAAAUGAAGGAGGAGGAGGAGGAGAGCUCAGAUAGGGAGUGGGAACCGGAGGUGGAGGUAGGUGAACUUCUAGCCUCAGAUUCCGAAGGGGAUUCCCCAGCGCUCUGCCCGGAUUGCGGCACGUUCACCAAAGGCUCGAAGACUCACGUCUGCGAGCACGUGAAGCCGUUCGUCUGUCAGGACUGUGGCAAGCGGUUCGUUAACGAGGUCUCUCUUAACAUUCACAGAAGAAUCCACAAGCCAGGCUAUGUGCACGAGUGCAAGUACUGCCUCAAGUCGCUCCAGAGCAGGCCGGAGAAACUAAGGCACGAGGAGAGCCACCCGCGUGUGGAAAAGCCCUACGAAUGCCCCGACUGCCCCAAACGAUUUAGCGACAUUAAAGCCCGAGACGGCCACAUUCAAGGUCACAGAGGGCCCACACAGCACAUUUGCAACAUCUGUAAAAUGGAGUUCAACAAAAAACACAUCCUGGAAAGACACAUGCUAGUCCACAGCGGGGACAAGUCCUACACAUGCCCCGAGUGUCAGCGCUCCUUCAACCAAGCGAGCCAUCUCAAGUCCCACAUGCGCCUCCACACGGGUGAGCGGCCGUACAAGUGCCAGCAAUGUGACAAGUCCUUCAACCACAACGUGAGUCUGAAAAGCCACGUCCAGCGCUACCACCCAGGCCUUGGCUACGGGACCAAGGAGAAGGAAGAGGGACAGGAGCUCAUCUCAAACUCAGCGAGUCAGACUGAACAACAGGUAAUGAUAGAGGAGAGUGGAGAGCCAGAGACUGGGCAGAAGAGAGUGAAGAGGGCACUCAGGGCAGGAAGGAAGAGGAAACGACAGACCUUUGACCCUGAGGAGUUUGUGGAGAGUAAGAACAGUGACUCAGAAUUCAACCCAGAAGUGGGGGAGAGCGGGAGCAACAGUGACUCUGACUUCAACCCAGAGGAAGAAGAGAGUGGGAGCAAAAGGAGGAGUACAGGUAGACCAAUAGGCAGACCAAAAGGUAGACCAGGGACCAGCAGAAAGAUCUAUGCAGGAACUGUUGGUAAAGAGCUUGAUGGAUCGAAUUUGAAUGAACACAAAUCUGCAAAACAGUGGGAGCAGGAGGAAGAGAGGCAGAGCGACCCGGAGGUGGUGGGGGAGAGAGGGAGCAAAAGGAAAGCCACAAGCAGAGGAAGGGGGAGAGGCAGGGGAAGACCAAAAACCAUUAGAGAGAUGCAUGAGGGAACUACUUGCGAAGAGCUUGUUGGAUCUAACCUGAAUGAACAAGUACCACCAAUAGAGACUGCUCUUUCUGAACUUUUAGAGAGUUGUUGGCCAAUUCAAAAUGUAGAUGAGGCUUUUGACCCAAUGCCAAAUUAACUGUUAGUUACUGAAGAGUUGUCCAGUGUUUUCUGUUUUUCUAUAUUUUGUAUACAUUGAAGAAAAAUGCUGUUAUGAAGGGACAUAAAUGUUCAGGGUUCAAGAUUCCAUUCUAAAGGCGGUUCAACGAGGAAACUACUGUGCCUCCCAAAUGGUACCCUAUUCCCUGUGUAGUGCACUAAUUUGCAUUGCAGAGUCUACAUUGCACUGCAGACUUACAUUGAGCCCUGGCCAUCAGCCUGUCACCUGAUUCCUAAUGUUCAACAUUUGUGUUCUAACAAACUUGACAUAAGUUGAUGUCCAGAUGAUCAGUUAUGAUCAUUUAAGAAAAUAGUUCAAUAACUGCUACUGCAGACAAUGGAAAGUGCCUUCUAUCCUUAGUCUUUAAUCAAAGACUAUCUUGGAUUGCAAUUUAUAUAUUUUGCCGACAAUUGUAAAACUUUUCAAUAUAGCAUGUUUAUUUGACUUGUAUUAUUAAAUGUAAAUGAUAUUACUGCUA